AUGUCUAUUUACAGGAUCGCUAGAGCCUUACCCUUCUCUGGGAUCUUCAGGCAGCUUGAGCAAGAAGCCGAAACUGUGAUCAACGUUCUGCAACCUGGACCAUUGGGAAUCAUAGAACACAAGUUCACGGCUCAAGAGAUUCGUGAGGCAAAAGCUGCAGUCUGUAGGGCUGUAGAUAACUGGAGGAGACUUUCUAAGCUGGAGCAUGCCAAUGGCGUUUUGAAUGAUUACAUUUAUAAGUGA